AUGACGGCCAGGAGCACAGCCGCCGGGCCGCGGUCCCCCCUGGACGGCUUCAGGAUCGGCUCCGUGACGGUCCCCUCCCGCGGCGAUGGGCUCAACUGCGAGCACGUGGCCGGCAUGCUGACGCCGCUGUCGGCGCACGAGGUCGACGCCGGCAACCCGGCCAUGGCCGACAUCGGGCUCCUGACCUUCCUGAGCGUCUUUGGCCACCAACUCCCGGGCCCCCUAGGCCGUGCCACCACGGGCGAGCUGCUCGACUGGUGGCGCGGCAGCCUCGAGUCGGACCGGGACGCGGCACGGCCUUCCUGCGCGGCGUCACCACGACUUGCAUGCGGGACGCCUGCUCCAGCACCACAGGCAUCGGCGAGGCCGAUCUGCCACGCGCUGCGCGCCACCGUCGACGACGUCUUCGACGGCGCCCUCGUCUACAGCACAUCCCUGCACGUCGCCACGCUCUCGCACCAUGCCACCACCACCACUAGCGGCGGCGGCGGCGGCGGCACGACGACGCGGUACGAGGGCUGGGCCACGCGCCUGCGCCCGGGCAGGCCCAAGAGGCUCGAGAAGCUCACGCGGCGGGGUUUGUUCAACAAGCUCCGCAUCGCGCAGUCCUUCUUCCCGACCUUUGGCAUCUUCUUCUACACCUUUGUCGUGAACGCGGCGCGGAGCGACUUCAAGGACGAGAACAAGUGGGGCAUCGGCCAGUACCUGGCCGUGGCGUCAUGGCUCCCUUCAAUAAUAAAGCUCGGCUACUUCCUCUGCGCACACCGCCCCACUGACGACGGCGACGACAUUGCGGGACUGGAGGAGGGAGUAAUGACUCGGAGAAACACGGACCUCGUCGCCGCCGUGGGUCUCGCCAGCCCAGGGCCAGACCCAGCCGUGCUGGGCGGCCUGCUCGCGCGGCGGGACUCGGAUGCCACCGUCGUAGGCGACGUACCAGAGCUAGCAAAACUAAAAGAUAUUAAGCACUGAAUCGUCCUCGCCCUUGAUGCGUGACAUGAGCCCGUGCGCCAGGCACAACUCUCUCUCUUUUCAAGCCCCCCCGGCGCAUAGGCGAGGUCGGUGCUAGAGCACGUAAACAACCCACAUCCGGAAUGCGAACCACUCACAAGGGAGAUUUGGAAUAUCUUACGGAGUGAGGGCAGAUUUGGUUGCCAAAAAAAACCCAAAAAAAACCCCCAAGAUCCGAGAAUGCGGAACAGUGGCGCGCAACCACGGCCACGGAACGCGCGCCUCGAGUUUCCCAAACACGGGACUUUGCCGCAAGUCUCGGCCUCAGACGCAUCCGCCCCGUAUCCGCCUGCUUGCGAUCCAGACCGCAAAAUUAGAGUUGACCUAAAUCGGUCCCCUGGUGAUGGUGCACGUUCCGCUAUGUGCCAUGUGGGCCAGGGGGGGGAGCGAAACAACCUGGCACAACUGGCUGGGUGGCAUCA